AUGAAGAAGCCACAUUUUUAUUAUGGAGGAUAUGACUAUACUAAAGAGGACUUUAGAGGGGGCGAUGAUGUGCGAAAAAACAUCACGAGGUUGUGUGAAAAUGGUGAUGAAGCGGUCGAUCAAAUGUGCGACAACUUGAUGGGUGACUAUUUGACAAUGACUAACACAUGUGCCCCACAUGCAAACAUCAAACUUUUUGUUUUCAUACACCAAAAACUCCCAUCAAAAGAUUGCGAGUUUAUUCGCUUGCUGGAAAAUGUAAGAACAGUUUACUGGAAAUCGCUAGCGUUUUACGAGUUCGAACAACGACAAAGAGAGAUCUCCAGGAAAUGCCAGAAACUUGUUUUUCAAAAGCAUCUCAACCAUGCGGACAAAAUUUCGACUCAUAAUCGUCGACUCAUCGACGGGAAACAU